CGGAGGCGGGUCGGACCGGGCCGGCUGUGGCUCUUGGGCGCGGUGCGGAAGGCGGCUGCUGGUGCUCUGAGGGCCCCGCGCAGCAGCUGCCCUUGUGGCCAGUGGACGUGGCGGGGAUGGCUGCUGUCGUGGGGUGCGUGCCCCUCGAGGAGGAGCAGGGCCCCAGCGACGGGGGUGCUGCGACAUGGGCGCCCGGGCGAGAAUGUUUCCCGAAGAAUAUUGCAAAUGUUGCUGAGAGUGGGGCUCAAGAUGAUGAAUUCUCAGAUAUCUCCCACAGCGAAGAAGAUGUUAGUGAAUUUGCAGUUGAAUCUAUUAACUCCUGGUCGGAUCUGGAGGAGUCGGAGGGCGAAGCAUCCAGUGUGUCUCAAGCUGCAGCUUUUCCUGAGCUCCAAACUGCUGCUGACUACGAGGUGGAGGACUGGGACAAAGAAUUGGAGGAUUCUGAACUUAAUCCGUAUGAUGCCGGCGAUCUCCCCUGUGGAAGCUUUCAGGAGAAUAAUCUUUUGGCCUUGUAUUCGUGGCAAGAGGAUUCGAUGUACAAUCCAGGGUGUUACCAUGCAGCUUCUAUUACUUUUACAUCACCUGUUAGGAUCAUUGAGACUGGCCAGUUUGAUGAUGCUGAAGAAUAAGGUUGCCCCUGGGCAGAACUAAGUUUGGCCUUUGAGUUGGACUGUAUUCUUCUGUGAUUAGUGUCAAGCGUUUUGGCUUCUUGGCAGAGUUAUGUAUAAGGUCAAACAUGCUGCACCAUUGCUGAGAUUUUUCUCAGACUUUUCCUGACGUUUGUAUGAGAUGGUCAUGCUUGACCUCCAGAAACCAAAGUGCAGGUGCUGGUUAUAAGUUGUUUGGUUCUGGACUGUUCUUUGAGUCUUACAGCUUUAUAUUGUUGGUAAUUAACUGCUUGGGAGGAAGUAUUUCUAAACAUCAACUUGAUUGUGAAGUUUAACCAAUUUUAUCAUAGGCUGGUGUAUCAGCCUAUGUAUUGUGCAACUUUCUUUCCAUUGCAUUUGAUGCUACUGAAUUGGUUCAAAUAGCUUUAAAAAACUCUUCCUCCUUUCAACUUUUGUAUUGCAAUUUUAUAUGCCAGUUUCUCGCUUCAUGUCUUACUCUGUUAUUUGACAAAAGUAGCCAUGACACAUACAGAAAAAAAAAAAUCAUUUUGUAUUUUGAAUGCCUUUCAGUAUGAAUGAGUUAUAGGUUAGGCGGGCCUGUUGCACCCAAUAAGAACGCUGGGUGUUGUGGAUGUAAUUAGAUUUAAUGGCUGAUCACUUAAGUAAUGCUUCAUGUUUCAUUAAUAACUUUUCAAGAAAGAAACCUUUUUAAGAUGUCAUGGUUUGAUAUUGGUUGAUAGUGAAGCACAAUACCCAUGUUGGUUUAUUCUCUGGCAAGAAGUUAACAUUGAG